UUACUUCCUGGUGACGUCGCUGUGACUUUGCCGCUGCAGGAGCUUAAAAAGCCAAGCCCUUAUUUCCCUCAGUGGAAACUUUGCACAUUUCUCAUCAAAUAAGCCAGACCUCUGGGUCUUACCGAGGUCUACCUGCACGCCUUACCCGCCUUUGAGAAGUCACGGGGCGGACAGAGCACGGCAGCGCACCGGGGGCUACUGAUCCAAGGGAGAUAGCCUGGUUAAAUCCCUUUUUUUCUAGAGGAAGAUAUGGCAGACCUGCUGAAGUGUCUGCUCCGAGUGGCAGAGAAGGCAGCUAAUGUUGCCCGAGUUUGCAGACAGGAGGCACCACUGUUCCAGCUCCUCGUUCAGGAGAAAACCGGAGCGGACAAGAACAAGAAGUUUGUACAGGAUUUUAAAACACUCGCCGAUGUGAUCAUUCAGGAGAUGAUUCGGCAUGAUGUGGGAGCUCAAUUUCCUGAAAUGGUCGGUUUCAUUCAUGGAGAAGAGUCAAAUAAGUUUGAGAAUGGCCUUGGAGAGAGUGUGGUGGUGACCGUGUGUCCCUCUGAAGCAGAUACGGCGUCUCUAUUGUCCACAGUUUUAGAUGGAGACUCAACGGCCGCUUCACUUUUGGCUCGAGCCAUUCACCAGGACCCCGCCUCCAUCUGCACUGACGCUGACCACCUCAGCAUCCCCCUGCAGCCCUCACAACUGGGCAUCUGGAUAGACCCUAUAGAUGCCACAAGUCAGUACAUUGAGGGUAAGGAGGAGGAGCUCCAGCAGGGGGUCCUGUGUCCCUCAGGGCUGCACUGUGCUUUGGUGCUCAUUGGGGUUUACCUCCGGGGCAGCGGGGAGCCGGUGAUGGGUGUCAUCAACCAACCAUUCAACCACAAGUCUCCAGACAGCAGCGGCUGGCGUGGGCAGCACUUCUGGGGUGUGUCCUGUGAUGGCUUGGCCCUGUGCUCUGUGUCUCCUCCCAAACCCGGUUCUGGUUCUGGUUCUGGUUCGGAUCUGUCCGUGGUCCUGAGCUCCAGUGAAAAACCCUCAGUGAAAAAAGCCCUGUCCUCCAUCUGCCACCCCGAUAAACUCAUGUAUGCUUCAGGGGCAGGCUUCAAAAUCCUCUGUGUGAUUCAAGGUUUGGCUGAUGUCUAUGUACUCUCAGAGGGCAGUACAUUCAAAUGGGACUCGUGUGCUCCACAUGUGCUGCUUAAGGCCUUAGGCGGGGGUGUGGUGGACCUCAAUAAGACUCUGGAGUCUGGAGUAAAUCAAGCAGAACUGACCUAUCACCAGCCCAAUACAGGGCACGCAGGGGCCGACCGCUGGGCCAACAGUGGGGGACUCAUAGCCUACAGGGACCGGGAUCAGCUGUCUAAACUUCUUACAGUGCUGAAAGGCAACAUCUGAACAGAAUUUUACAAAUGAUUUGAUCUUCAUUGAAAAGGUUCUAUUUUAUGUUUUUAUUAGGAAUAAGGAAAACUGUACCAACUGAGCUGCCUUUGUACACGGAAUUCAAUACAACACUCAUAAUUAUAGUAUUUCAUACAUUAUUCAUUCACACCAUACUCAGUGGUGGUAAACUAUUGUAGCCACAGCUGCCUGGGACAGACUGACCAUUGACCCCUCUGACAAACACUCACACACGUGGAUUUUAUCUUGAUUUUAAAUCUAUCAUCUGUAAUUAGACUGGCUGACCGACCCAUGUUGUAUUCUCACAUAUCACCACUAGAGGCUAUCUACAUUACUGCUGUCUGAUAGUGUGCCAGCUUUGGCCUGAUAGAAGAGCAGAGAGCACAGGUGAGCAUGAACAAAGGCCAGGUGAGGGGCGAGGGGAACACAUUUGCCAUCUACUGGUGAAAAAAAUGUAAUAAACUUCCAGAUGGUAUCUUUAAAAGUUCUAUAUUAUGCUGUGAAGUGAACUGUACCAAUUGAACUGCCUUUUGUACACUGACUUCAAUACAACACUAUUUAAGUCCUAAAAAGCUGUAGACCGCAGUUAGCUGCAUCUCCAGCAAAGGUAUCCUGACCACUUCUCUGCAUUUGAUACAUCCAUUCAGUAAAUGAGUGAGAACACCCUAGACUCUUGCAUUUAAUCAGUAUUUUUUGUUAGCAUCUUUAUUUAAAAUGUCCUAUAUUUAGCUUUAGUACUUAUAACAUGAUUAAAACUUAUAACACUUUAUUCUUAUCAAAAAAGUACUUUAAGACAGUGUUGAUACUAAAAUUUAAACCUCAACUUUGGUAUUAAGGAUAAAGUUUGAUACUUAGCACUGAGUUCAAUAACGCAAUGAUCAUAAAAAUAUUUGAAAUCAAUCUUUUCAACACGAGACAACAUUUUAUUUAAUAUCACCAUGUGGUACACUAGUUUUGGUUUAUUUGUGUCCUUUUUUUCUCCUUAGAAGGAUUAUGUGUCACUGUUAGAAAAAGGCCCUGUACAGAACCUGAUUUGUAUAGUUUUCUAACAGGAAAUGCCAAGACUAUUAUUCAGUACUUUGAAUUCCGUAUAGGUCCUUUUAAGAUUCUCAGUAAGGCUGGAACAAGAUUAAAGAGUGAUCUGGGUGUGGUUUUUAGAGUUUAUUUUUCUGUCUUUCACAUCCAGAACUUGAUUUUGUGAUAAAUAUAUAUAUAUAUGUUAUGGAUGCAGUAUUUUAAUAACAAAUGGAUGCAAUCAUGACUUUUAAUGCAAUUAUUUUAUGUAAAUAAUGAUUUAUGUAACAAAAAGUUUAAGUGAAUGAAAAAAUGGGGCUGAAAAAGAUGUACCAGUUGAGCUGCCUUUAUUUACAGAAUAUAAUGCAACCCUAGGGUAAUGUAAGAAACGAUAAACUUUCCUGAUAGAGGGUCCACCACCUGCUUGUCUCCAUGGAGAUGUUAUUGCUUUGUUUAGAAUGUUCCGCAGUUUGGCAUUAGUUUCCUUAUCUGUCUUGCUUCCUAAACUACACCUUUUGUUCAAAAAUACCUUAGAAAAACAUGCAUUCUUGCUUGAAGCUGAGUCACCUCUCUGCAGAUCUGACCCGCAGAUCACCAGCUUGUGUGCAUCAAGAUUCAUAGUCUUAAUGCCAUACUGUGGUACGUUUCAUGCAAACUAAAGCAGGUGGAGGAAGUUGUAUAAAUUUAAACUGAAGGUGCACUGUCUAACUUCCAAUGGAGGGUCUGACACCUGCUUGUCACCAUGGAGAUAUUAUGGACUUCCCUGGAAUGUUUGACACUGUGGCAUUAGUCUUAGGUAUUUUGUGUUUUAAAUUAGAUGUUUGUUUUUUUUUAAUUGCUCAAAAGUAACAUCGCCAGGGAGACAAGCAUGUGGCGAACCCUCUACCUGAAAAGUUACACAAUGCACCUUUUAAUGAUAUUGCUCUAUAUGUCGUAUACAGCUUUGUGCAAUAACUGACUUUGGUUUAUUUUUCUCUUUGCUUUUAUUGAGACUAUGCAGAGUAUGAUUUUUUAAAUUUAGUUUAACAUACUAUUUGCUUAUAAAUACAGUAUAUGACAUUGUAUAUUUUGUCUGAUUUUAAUGAUGUAAGACAAAGUUGGAGCUGAGUUUAAUAUUAUAUGUUUUACAGCUUUUCUCUUUUUCUUUUUCUUUCCCGAUUUUUUUUCUGUUCCUUUUAUUUAACUGUCUUCUAGCUUUUAAGUGUAUGUCCAGUAAGAUUUACUUAUGGUAACUUGGUUAAUAUUGUUCUUAAAAAUAAAUGUAUAUUUGCUGUCAUACAAACUGUAAAUAUUGGUACCACUAUAAAUGUAUGAACACAC